GGAAGAAGAUUAGUCUAACCGUGAUCUCUGUUGUUUUGCCGUGAGGCUGUUUUAAUACAAACUGUUAGAAAUUCGGUUAAUAGAAAAAUACAGUUUUUGAAUCGGGUCAGAAUAUACCUAUAUUAUCAUCCUCGUAGUCGUGACUAAGUUUUGAAGCAAGCACCGAUAUCUAGAGUAUAAUCUGAACUGAGAUCUGCUGCUGUGAAGAUGGUGUUUGUUAAAGAGGAGAACGCGAUUGAACCAGAAACCUGCAUAAUAAAACACGAGGAACCAGAAACCUGCGUUAUAAAACACGAGGAACCAGAAACCGGGAGAACAAAACACGAGAAACAAGACGGCUUGAUGAAAGUGAAAGAAGAAAGACAAGAUCUGAAUGAAGUGGAGGAGAAGCAUCAGGAUCAGAAAGAUGCUGAAGAACAAUCAGUGAAUUACUCCGAAACUGAAAGGAGUUGCUCACAAAGCAGCAUUCAGAUAACUGAUGUUAAAAGGCCUUUCAGCUGCUCUCAGUGUGGAAACACUUUCAAACAUAAAAGAAGCCUCGUAUACCACACGUUAGUUCAUGCUGGAAUAAAGCCUUUCAGCUGUUCUCAAUGUGGAAAGAGUUUUACACAGAAAAAACAGCUUAAUGAUCAUGUGCUUGUUCAUUCUCCAGAAAAACCUUUCAGCUGCUCUCAGUGUGGAAACACUUUCACACGUAAAGCAAACCUUAAAAGUCACAUUAUAAUUCAUAGUGGGGAAAAGCCUUUCAGCUGCUCUCAGUGUGGAAACACUUUUACAUGUAAAGGAAGCCUGAAGAAUCACAUGUUAAUUCAUGCUGGAAUAAAGCCUUUCGUCUGCGCUCAGUGUGGAAAGAGUUUUGUGCAGAAAGGACACCUUAAGAUUCAUUUGGUAACUCACUCUUCAAAAAAGCCUUUCACCUGCUCUGAGUGUGGAAGGAGUUUUACACAGAGAAAUCAACUUAAUGAUCAUGUUUAUAGUCACUCUACCACAAAGCCAUUCAGCUGCUCUCAGUGUGGAAAGUGUUUCUCAUUGGAAAAAAAACUCAAUGAGCAUGUGCGUAUUCACGCUUCACAAAAGCCUUUCAUCUGCCUUCAGUGUGGAAACUCUUUUACACGUAAAGCAAGCCUUAACAAUCACCUGAUAAUUCAUACUGGGAAAAAGCCUUUCAGCUGCUCUGAGUGUGGAAACACUUUCAAACGUAAAGGGUGCCUUAAGAAUCACAUGUUAAUUCAUGCUGGAAUAAAGCGUUUUACCUGCGCUCAGUGUGGAAAGACUUUUACACAGAAAGGACACCUUAAUGUUCAUUUGAUAACUCACUCUACAGAAAAGCCUUUCACCUGCUCUCAGUGUGGAAACACUUUCAAGCGUAAAGAAUGCCUUAGAAGUCACAUGUUAAUUCACACUGGGAAAAAGCUUUUUACUUGCUCUGUGUGAAAAGUGUUUCAACUUUAAACAAGGAUUUAAUAGUUGCAUGAGAAUUCAUACUUAAGCGAAGUCGUCGGUGUGUGAAGAGUUUUAAAUGGAAAGCUGGUCUCACUUUGCUGGAUGGAGAUUUCCAAGGGUUGACUCUUAAAAUAGCACAAGAAACUAAUGCUUGAAAGAGUUAAACUGUGCUGUGAGUGUGGGAAGAGCUUUAACACAGAAAAGUAUUGGAUACAGAAAAUAAAGCAGAAAGUUUGACUGAAAUAAAGUCGAACCAGUAUUUACAUCCAUAUUUAAAGGUGCAUUUUCUCUCAGAAUCGUUACAUUAAAAGAGGUAAAUAGACAUUAUGCUGAUUAAGACUUAUUCUUAGAACUUAGCUGCAAGGUGGAGGAAGUGAAAAAACAUUGAUCUAUGUCUUUCGUUAUUAACUAUUAUUGUUAUUUAGUUAUUCCAUCAUAAUUGUGUUUUUCAUGAGAUUUUUUUUUCCACUUUUAGGCAUUCUUUUUUUUUUUUUGGUAUUUACAUGAUACCAUUUUCAAUGAAAUACCUAAAACAUAAAUUGCAUUUUGCAAUUCAUUUAUAGAUCACUUUCAGUUUUUCACGCUCACUUUGGCUUAAUUUUAGAAUUAUCUUUACAAUUCAGCUCCUUUUCAUCAGUUUUCUCACACAAAAUUUGAAUGUCUUAUUAGUUUAAGCAAACUAUAUUGCUAUAUAUGAGUUUACUUGGAGGAAAAAUGUAUAUAAGAUGAUAUGCAAAUGUUCAUUUUCUUUUUGCAUGUAAUACAUUUCUACACAAAUAAAUGUACUGUAUACAUACAAAUGUUCAUAUUAUUUUCCAGGAUGCUUCAGGGGUGAGUAAAACAUGAGGUGAUUUUCUUUUUUGGGUGAACUAACCCUUUAAACACUGGAUGAAAUUAUUUUCUACAGAUGAUGCCAAUGUAUUUUUUGAUUAGUCCGCAAUGUGAACAAUAAUAAUGUCACCUGCUUGCAACGUCUACAAGGGACAGCUUGUGUCACUAAUAGUAGUAAGGCUUUCCUCUGUGAAUACUUAAUCCAUAUAAGUAAAAUUUGUAGUUGUAUUAUUUGUGCCCCCUUCAAAAAUGUAUCUUUAGAAAUGUUAUGUUUAUCCCCUCCCCCCCUUACUGUUGGAUUAAAUGUAUGCUCUGCAAAAAGGAAACCGUCUGCCAUUAAAUGGUCUUGCCAUAAAAUGUUGUUUAAGAUAUUGCCGAACAUUUAUUUAACCAGUUCAAAAGUAAAUUUCUGACUGAAGUAAAUUUGUAAUUUAAGGUUUUUAGUGUUCAUUUAGAGAGUUUAUUAUUCUUACAUAUUUCACCAUUACUUAGAGAGUUUAUUAUUAUUACAUAUUGCACCAUUACUUAAUCUCCAAACUACUGCUUCACCAAAAAGUCCUGAUUGGGAGGUAACGUCCGAUUCCGAUCGAGCCGGAAACCAUGCUAUCGGGCCCAA